CUCUGCUUUUUAGUAGGCUGUCUAGAUUUCCCACGGCUUUCCUCCCCAGGAGGAAGCGUCUUUUUAAAAGUCCCUAGAAGCUGCAACUGAUAACACAAUGAAGCAGAGGCCCAGCUGGGAGCUCAAUCCUGCUGGCUUAGAAUUCCACCUGCUUUAAAUUUGCUGCAGGGAUUUCCAGUAAUCACAAUGUCUCUCAACUUUGGUGGCUUGAAGCUGUGCGGACUUCAACUCCCAGAAUCCCCCAGCCAUUCCCAGAAUCCCCCAGAAUUCCCCCCAGCUGCACAGCUUCAGCUGCAAGGUUGAGAAAGGCUGUCCUACGAUGUGCCAUGAAGCCCAAAUGCAUCAUCCGUGCAAGACCCUCCCGUCCCAAUAGUGCCCCUAACCUCCCCAGGGCCACAGCAGAUUUUACGGCCCACAAAGUCUUAAUUUUUAACCCACAAAACCGAGUUAUUUUCUGCCUUGGUUUGUGUGGUGCAGUUAUAAAUACGGUGGGUUGUUGAGCCAGGAAUAAAGGCGAGGCGAGGCUCGACCGGGGCCCGGCCCCUUCCUCUCAGUGAGGGCAGGAAACGUGUAGGGAAGCUGGGAAGGCUGCAGAUCAACAGGAAAAGCCUGCUGCCAUCCAUCAGGGCCAGGACGAAGCCAAGAACCAGGUUGCUCCAGGGGGAGAAGACAGAAAGAGAAAGAAUGGAAGAGGGGCCGCAGGGGGAGCUGGGCCCACCUGGCCAGGAGGAGUCCGGUGAAGAGGCCGCCCUGCACUACGAGGAGAGCAUCACUCGCCUGCUGGUCACCAUCGUCCGGCUGCAGGGGAAGAUGGAGCGGCUGCAGCAGGACAGAGCCAGGGAGGAAGAGGAGGACUUCUUUUCCGAUUUGGGCUCCGAGUCCACCACCAGCCUCCCCCGAUACCCGUCCCUCUUUGCCAGGCGUACCAGGAGCCCCCCUCCCCCGCCUCCAGCCCGUCCGGAAGAAGGGAAGGCCGACCUGUUCCUUGAAGUCCACAAGGCCGUCACCUCUCUGGAGAACGUCCUCCUGUCCUACCGGAACCGCCGUCCCAGCGUGGAAGCCGAGCUGCAGGGAUGUGCCCAGCUGGCCCAGGGUCUGGAAGCCAGGCUGGUGGCGCUCCAGAGGGACGGCUCGGGGAGGCCCCCCCAGGAGGCUGAGGGCCCCCCCUGCGAGAGGAUGACCGCCCUCUACAAGGAGAGGAACGCCGCCCUCCGAGCCGAGCUGGAGGCCAAGCAGGAGCUCCUCAGCCGGUCCAAGGCCUCCAUGGCAGCCCACCAGCAGGAGCGGAAGAAGCUGCAGAGGAAGGUGCAGGAGCUGCAGGAGAGCCUGUCCAGGGUGGAGGCCUGCUCUGGAGGAGCCCCCAGCCCCCUCAGGGAAGGAGCCCAGGACUCGCCCUCAGGGGUUGCUCAGAACAGCCUCCAUCCUCCCUGGGGGGCUACCAGCAUGCAGCCUGCCCCCACCCUUCCAGCCUCGCCCCCUGCAGAGAUCCAGAACAGCCUGGAGCAGCUGCACAGGCGCCUGGAGGGGCUGCGGGGGCUGAACCAGCUGCUCUCGGGGGCCCUGCAAGAGUCCAAGACGGACGCGGAGCAACUGAGCCUCCUGCUCGGAUGCCAAGAGUCCCACCAGACCGGGCUGGCCCUGGCCCUCCACGGCAGCGAACGCUGCCUGGAGGCCUACGAGACCCUCUUGGCGCUGACGGCCGCGGAGCAGAAGCCGAGGCCAGAGACAGGAGGAGAGGCACCCCGGGCUGCAGGGGCAUCCAAGGACCCCAGCCCUGCCCUGGAGAAAGCUUCCUGGAUUUUGCAAGGCUGCAGCAGGGCCGACGGGAGCUCCUGGGACCAAGAGGGGGUCCCGGACAGUUCCCUGCAACCGACGGGCUCCGAGGCAGAAGCCAAGCAGAGGCUGUGGGAACGCAUCGGGCACCUGCGGGCUGAGCAGAGUUCCCUGAAGCUGCCCGCCCACCCUCCGCCUCCGGGCUUGGUCGCCGUGGCCGCCAGGCUCAGCGCGGGCAUUGCGGCCAAGGCCACGGAGGGACGGAGGGCCCUGCAGGAGGCGCUUCCUGGCUCAGCCGCACCACCCCGGAUGGAGAAGGGGCAGCUGCUGCGGGAGUUGCACACGGCCCGGGAGGCCUUGGCUGACCUGGGCACCAGGCUGCACCUCACCGCCAAGGCCAAGCAGGGGCUGGCGCUCUGGACCCAGACGCUCCCCGCCCAGGAGGCUGCCUGCCUGCUGGUGAUCCGGACCCUCCAGGGGGAGCAGCGAGACCUCCGGGGACAGCCAGACCCCUCCUCAGAAAGCAGCAGCAGCAGCAGCAGCGAAGAGGAAGACUCCGGGGCUCCCAACAGCCUUCCCCAGAGGACCCUUCCGGCUGCACCCAAGAACGCGGAGGGAAGCCUGGCCCGGAGGGAGCCGGAAGCCCUGAUGCUCCGAGUGCUGGAGACUUCGGCUCGGAUCCAGGCACUGAAGGAACGUCUGGAGGGUCUUUGGGUUGACCUGGAGGAGAAGAGCCAGGACUACAGGGCCCAUGAGGCACAGGACAUGGAGCUCAUGCAGGACUUCUUCCAGGCCCAUAGCGCCCUGCUCCUCACCUACCAGAAGGCCCGUCACAAGCAGGAGAGCCAGGUGGGGCAGCUGGAGACCCAGAUGGGGCUGAUGGCCAGGCGCCAGGCCAAGCAGCGCCAGGCGCUCCUGCAAACCCUCCGGCAGCUGCAGGACCAAGUGCCCGCAGGGGCUCCCACCGGCCUCCCCCAGGCCCCUGCGCCAGAUGAGAGCACCAGGGACCCACCCGGGAAUUUGGAAAUCCCGUCCACUUUGUGGAGCAGAAAGUGAGGCUUUCUGGACACACACAAACACAUCUACUGACCAGCAAAGGGGGGGGGCAAGGGCCAUUCCCCCCUGAAGGCCUGUCAGCCUUGCCAGGUAGAGCAGGCAGGGAUCAGGGCCGCAUGAGCGUAAAUGGUAAAGCUGUUUGCAGGCCUGAAAGUACAAAGCUCCCGCUGCCCUUUUAACAGGCUGAGAGGUUGGGCGAAACCCUCCUCUGCUCCUCUCUGAAAGCCCUGGUGGCCCAUGGUCAGAACGCAGGAUUGCAGGCUAACUCUGCCCACUGCCAGCAGUUCGAUCCUGACUGGCUCAAGGUUGACUCAGCCUUCCAUCCUUCCGAGGUGGGUCAAAUGAGGAGCCAGAUAGUUGUGUGCUGACUCAGAAGACGCUGUAAAGCACUACAAAGCGGUAUAUAAGUCUAAGCGCUGCUGCUAUUGCCUGUUAUGCAGCUGUGGGCUACGCUGGCUCUUAUCUGUCCGUUCCCUUGGCAGCCUCCCUUCGCCCAGGCCCCCACCAUGACAUCACACAGGUGUGGGUUCCCUGCCUUCUUCCCCUUCUUUCUGGACCAGAGGCACUGGGGCUUUGCAAAGGGGAGGGAGGGAGCGGAUCGUUCUUUGUGGCUCCCGGAUCCCGCAGGCUCUUUUCACCGACAUGGUGAGAAGCAACUUUGGAUAUGCAGACAUCUCUGUUGGCAUCCCUUUUCUGGAAGCCUUUGCAGGUUCAGGGUUUUCCCAGAAGCUCUCAGGGACACGAAGGUUUUUCUUAACCUGCUGAGAAUUAAUUAAUCCGUCCCACAAUUUACCCCCAUCUGCACCACCAGCCUCCAUCCUCCCGCUUCCUUCACUCCACCAGCCUCAUCCCUCAUCCCAAGGCUCCUUUUGAUGUUCUGCUGGAAGCCAUUCUAGCUAAUAGGGUGGGGGGUGGUUUCUCUUUUUUAAGCAGCUCUUUUAAUUUCUGUAUUUUUAAAUUAAAAAAUUAGUUAUGAAAGAGGGUUUAUUUUUAAUGAUGGUGUUUAUCAUUAAGGAGGACAAGGGGGAGGGGGAGAAAGAGGAGGAAAGGAGGAGGAGGAGGAGGAGGAAGAAGAAGAAGAAGAAGAAGAAGAAGAAGAAGAAGAAGAAGAAGAAGAAGAAGAAGAAGAAGAAGAAGAAGAAACGUGAAGUGGUUCAUUUUUGAGAUCAACAUCAGCAAAACUGGGCUUGCUCUAUAAGGUCUCCAACCUUGGUCGAGGGGGUUGGUCUAGAAGACCUCCAAGGUCCCUAGGAGUCUGAAACUGCAAAAAAAAAAAAUGAGGAUGAGGAAGAUGAUGUAUCCUGGACGCCGAAAAUAUCCAGAUAACUGCACAGGAUGUUGUCAAGAAGAAAGCCGGGAAAUGCAGAGCAAUCCUGAUGGCAACGUUCAAACAAAGUGAUUUUAGAAAUGAGUGCAAGGGGUCAAGCGAGGAGGCCGCCCCUCCCCCCUCCCAGCGGCUGGAAUUAAAGCUGAAGGGAAAAAAUCCUUUGGGGCGGCUGCCAACAUCCUUCCUGACCGGGCUGGUUAGAGUGUCAAAGGUAAGAUGAUUAGGGGGCUGGAGGCCAAAACGUAUAAAGAACGCUUGCAGGAACUGGGCAGGUCUAGUUUAAUGAAAAG